AUGUCUGGUGGUGGCAUAACCUUCAAGAAAUUCAAGCCAACGAUUAGGAGCAAGUGUUGCUUUCUCCUGUUCCCUGUUCAAGGCUCUGAGAGAAAGGGGCUCGUUAGCGUUGAAGUCAAGAAGAAGAAAGGCCAUGUAACAGAUAUAGAUAGGUCUUCUAUCUCUAGCCUAGGAAUGAGUUAUGACAUGAAGCUUUUGGCGGUGGACAUCCCUAUGGCGUCUGGUCCUGACCAACGGUUGUAUCUGACUGGAGAUGAAGAAGGGUACAAAGUCGGUGGCGGUUUGAUCUCUGAGCUAAGAGACCCUGUUGUGAAAGCCAUGGCAGCGACUAAGGAGUUCGAUAAUCUUGAGAGAAUUGAAGAGGAAGAAGAUGCUGAAAGAGAGCUUCAAGAAGCUGAAAGAAAGCACCGUGAGGAGAUUGAAAAGCUCGAAAAAGAGAGCUCUUAA